AAAUGUGCAAAGGCAGAGGAGCAAGUCCUUGUUCGUCUAAGCACAAAAAAAGCAAUGUGGCGUUCCUUUCGCCAACUCCCUUCUUUCUCCGUCCGUACAACCCGUAGCCAAACGCUGCCUUACUCUUCCAUCCUCUCUCUCUCUUCACCUCUCCCUAAACCCCAACCCUCCUCUUUCGUCUUCGCUCCGGCUAAAACCAUACGAUCCGCCGCCACGUCAUAUCCCUCCUCCAUCAUCUUAUGGACAUUCAACAGAGACUGCUGCAACGCUACCCGAAGUAUCGCCGUCAGGUGCAUUUCCUCGUUCCCUACUCCGCAACCGGAAAUGGUGGUCGACUGGAACGACGCUGUUUCCUGCUCGGAAGUCGGAGAUGGUGUUGAAGACAAAAACGGCGAUGAUGGAACGUUGGAAGAAGGCACUAAACGCUCUAUUCCAGUUCGUGCUUAUUUUUUCUCCACCAGUGUGGAUUUAAAAGGAUUGGUGGAGCAGAACAAGCAGAAUUUUAUACCGCCGACAUCACGAAUGACUAAUUAUGUAGUUCUUAAGUUUGGAGAUCUUUCUAGUUCCUCUGGUCCUGGUGUUUUCACAAGUGGAAGCGAUUGCUGUUUCAUGGUGGUAUUCCAGUAUGGUUCCAUUGUAUUGUUUAAUAUUCGUGAAUGUGAUGUGGAUCAGUAUCUUAAAAUUGUUGAAAAACAUGCAUCAGGAUUGCUUCCUGAAAUGAGAAAGGAUGAGUAUGAGGUAAUAGAGAUGCCUACUCUAAACACAUGGAUGCAAGCUGGGUUGGAUUACAUUACGUUGCAGUUCUUGAAUAUUGAUGGAAUCCGUACCAUUGGGAGUGUUCUUGGUCAAAGUAUUGCUCUUGACUACUAUGUGCGCCAGGUUGAUGGGAUGGUUGCAGAGUUUACCGACAUAAAUCGUGGGAUGGAAAAAACAGGAACAUUUACCAUGGACAGCAAAAAACUUUUUCAGAUAGUUGGAAAGGCAAACUCUAAUCUUGCUGAUGUAAUUCUUAAGCUCGGACUUUUUGAGAGAUCGGAUAUCGCUUGGAAAGAUGCCAAAUAUGCCAUAAUAUGGGAAUUUCUACGAGAUGAAUUUGAAUUAACUCAAAGAUUUGCAAGUCUUGAUUUUAAGUUGAAGUUUGUUGAGCACAACAUUCGGUUUCUUCAAGAAAUUCUUCAAAACAGGAAAUCAGAUUUUCUUGAGUGGCUCAUCAUCGUGUUGAUAAGCGCCGAAAUUGUUAUAUCCCUUUAUGACCUCAUUAAGCGGUCGCUAUGACACCCUUGGACAGGGGUUAGUAAUUUUUCACAUCGAUAUUUGUAGACAUUGCAAUUCAUAAAGAGGCAUUAGUGAGAAAGCGGUUUCCGAGCAAAGGUGAUUGUUGAUGUACAUUUACUUUCUCUAGUUAGCUUUUGCUUGCAACGUUUAGAUUAAUUACAUGACCAUCUAGUUUGUUGUAAAUGAUAAGGGUUCAUACAUAUUUGACUUUCAUAUAUAUAUUUUGACUUUCAUUUUC